AUGGUGGUGUAUUUGACCACGGGGAUUCCGCUGUACUUAAAGUCGUGGACGAAGUUCUUGGGUCCGGCUCAUUGUUACAUAGCCACUGCGGCUUGUGUGGUACAAGACCCGACGGUGGGUGGGUCACUGUUGCGAGCAGUUGACCGUAUUGGUGGUAACAUACUCGCGUUGUUCUUUGCCAAUUUGAUAGGUAUCCCGGUAUGGAUAGCAGGUUGGCGUUAUCUAGAGCAGGCGCCAUGGUUGCGCUGGUUCUUCUUUGCGAACGCAAUUGCAUGUGCGUUCUUCUGGGGCUACCUGUACUUUCUGAUGGGCGAGGAAAGGCACUUACUGCUGUUGUUUUCGGGCAUUACGAUUUCGCUAUUCAUGUACGCCCUUUACGAAGACAAUUGGAUGUGGGCAACGUGGAUGGCUUUUCUCUGCAACCUACUCGGAUGUGUCCUCGGCCAUGUCGUCUUCGCCACUGUGUUUCCCGUCACCGUCGCCCACGUAGCCGAGGACGAACUGAGUGCUGCCACACACGCCAUUGCCUCCCUCACACACUUCCUCGUGGAUGUCAUCGCUGGAACCGGCGAGGGCAUGGUCCACUUAGCAACCGAAACGCGACUCAGCAAGGCACUCGAACGCCGCAUACAGGAGACUGAAGACGAAAAACAAGACGCAGAAUUCCAGGCUGCCGCCGCCCGUAUUGCCGCCAAACGCGUCGGCUCCGAGCACCUCUUGGACGCUGCAUCCGCGCGGCAACUGCGAGCCAGCGGUGCCCGAACCAGCGGUGCCCGAACCAGCGGUGCCGGAGUCAGCGGUGCCCGAGUCAGCGGUGCCCGAAAUGAACUUAAAAAACACCAAGAGGAGGGAAAUCCCUUUGGUGGACGUCCCUCUGGUGGACGUCCCUUUGGUGGACGUCCCUCUGGUGGACGUCCCUCUGGUGGACGUCCACUCGAGGAGGUGAAGGUGGGUGAGUCACCAGACCUCGUUUCGCUGGACAGCCGAAUUGGGGUUGAGGAAGGAGCUCGGCGUGAGAGUUUGGUGGGCGCGGGCGUAAGUCCGAGGCAGUACAAGGGAGGGUUUCAGACAAAGGACUUAGUGUUGACGGUGCAGGAGUUUUACAACUUGUUGGAUGAGAAGAUGCAGACGAUUUGGAAGAUGUUGAGUGUGCAGCGUACUCGUUAUCGUGGUGCGGCAUGGGAGUACCUUCAGCUGGAUCCGGGUGGGAAUCAAGCGCGUCAUCAGAAGUUGGUGAAUAGCUGUUUCAAAGUAUUUUAUUUCGUGGCACGUUUGCACGAAACGUUGACGGUUAACAACGAAGACACCAACAGCAAGGAUUCCAUUGAGAACCAGGUACAAUCCUGGGUCACACGUUCCAACACGAUUUUGUCGAAUUACCUAAGUCUUUCCCGUGUUGACUUGGCGGCGAGCAUGGGUACCAACGUUACGCGACAUGACGUUCACCAUCGCACUGCCCCUGCAGCCGCUGGCUACCCGCCCGAGGGGGCGACAAUUGCGGCAUACCCGAGCCAACUGCUAAGCAGCGUCUCCAUCCCUUACCUGGGUGGCUUCAUGACCGACUACAGCGUACACAAACAGAACACGCAACGUCCCCUCACUAAGUUCGAACUGGACAUCUGGGGCAAACACUGCGAUAUCGUCGAGGAAUACCACCUCACAGUGCUGGGACCCUACUUCAACGACGUCGCUCUCGCUCUAAGUCGGGUGCUGCUGAUUUACGGCGACUUGCUGUCCCAGCGCCGAUACACGCUCCGUCAAGACGAACAAGAGGAAAUUGAAGAGCUUAAGGAGAUCAUGAGACAACUAAAAAAACAACACUUCGGCGCCAGAUACAGACUGAUCAGGAUGACCGAGAAUCUUAGUCGGACCGUGGUGCAUUCGCCAUCCCGAAAACAGUUCGGAAACUUGACCCUUGAGCAAACCACCAGCCUUAUUGGACACUCCACCCCUGCGCAGGUUUUGGGAGACCCACAGGAGGGCGGGCACAGCUGGGGCGGUGAAGCCUUGCGUCGGGGCGAUAGGACUAAGGACGGUGCGGACAACGCGGGUGCGGACAACGCGGGUGGAUGUAGGAAAAAAAACGGCCUCCCUAGCGAAUUUGCUCCCGACGCCGCCUGUCCGGGGGCGUAUGAUCCCAACAUCUUCGCACAACGCUACAUGGAGUCGGCCACCGGGUCCACGGUUGAAGACUUUAUGUGUCUACCCGAUGCUGUGCGACACUACAUUUGGCAACGCGCUGCCGAAACGUCGGAUCGAUUCGACAGCACUGUCUUCCUCAUCGAACACAUCUACAGCGCCGUCAUCGAGCUCGGCUUCCGAACCAGACAGUGGCUGGAAAGCAACCACAAACCGCACAAGCAUGGAAUCAAACACUACCUCUCAGAGCCGACCCGCAGGGGUUCGAGCCGCCGGGGGUCCAGGAGCUAA